GUUCUUAUGAGAUUUAAAAUUGGAAAACCUCAUACGUAUUCGGUUAUUGAUGAAAUCAAAUCUUUAUUUUAUGUAUUCAUGCACAUAGCUUGUGAUGGAAUUGUUAGUUGGAAAAAGCAUUCGGAUUUGUCAACAAGCAUCGCAAUAAAAUGUGCAAUUUAUUUUUCAAAUCAAAACGGUCCACGUUUCGGCAAUGAUUUAUUGUUUUAUCUUAAAAAUUCUAUGGAAAAUACUUCCGGUUUUUGUCAAAAUAUUCGAUAUGAGAAGAAUAUAAGGUCACCUAAAGGUUACUUUGAUAUAGAAGGAUUUGAAGUAUUUCAAAUUAUCGAAAAGAUACCGAUUUUGACAACAAUGAACAAUAUACCAUCUCUUGAUAAGCGAACGGUUAUUCCGCCACUCUUACCUAAACGAUCAAACCUAAAAACUGCCAAACCAAGUUUACAAAAUAUGGAUAAAAAUUAA